AUGGCUGCUUAUUUUUGGGUAUUUACAGCCCUCUACAUAUACACAUCAAAUUCUUCUCCGAUCACCACCAUUUCUAGUUUAAAAAUCAUCGCGAGCCUCACGACAACCCAACAACUCCACGACGGUGAAACCUUAGUCUCUCCAAAUCAACGAUUUGAAUUUGGGUUUUUCUGCCCGUCAAAUCCAUGCAAAGAUGUCAAGUUCUUGGGGAUUUGGUACAAAAAUUUAUCACCGAUUACUGUUGUUUGGGUAGGUAACCGGAAAAAGCCAAUUCGAAGACCAUCCCCAGGUGUACAUUUGGUGUUAGAUGAAUCUGGGGUUUUCUCUAUUCAAGAUGCUAGUAAAAAAGUCAUAUGGAGAAAAGUUCCCAAAGGUCACUCUUCUUCUUUGCCCCGUAAACCAGUUUUGCAACUUUUGGAUUCUGGAAAUCUUGUGGUUCACGCUUGUAUUAAUUCUCCUUGUGGAUCGUAUAUCUGGGAAAGCUUUAAUCAACCUGGAGAUACAUUAUUGCCUGGGAUGGAGCUCAGUAUAGAUUAUGGAUCUCCGUUUAGAUAUCGUGCAAUCACUUCAUGGAGAAAGAAAGAUGAUCCAUCCGAUGGCGAUUUCAAGUUUGGCUUUGACAAGUUGGUUCAAGCUCCCCAAUUGGUGCUCACAAAAGAGAAUGGGGUUAGACUCUCGCGAUGGGGGCCAUGGGAUGGCCAAAAAUUCAGUGGUAUGAAUUCUUUAAUGGAUAAUCCAAUCAUGUCACCAUCAUUGACUUUUGAUGAAGAUACAGUUUCUUUGAAAUUCGAGGCAUUAAAUGACUCGAUUCUAUUGAGGUUUGUCUUGAGUCCACUAGGGAGCCUGCAGUUCCUUUGGUGGAAAAGCAAGAAUGAAGGAUGGCUAACAAUUUUGACGCUAAAUAAAGAUAAUUGUGACCGGAUUGGAUCAUGUGGAUCUUAUGGUAUAUGUUAUAGUGAUGAUCCAAGUUGUAGAUGCUUGGAAAAAGGAUUCAUGGCAAUUUCAUCAGUAGAUUGGUGUGGAUUUGAGUGCUCAAGUGGAUGCAAGCGAAAGAUUGAUCUGAAUUGCACAGAGGGAGAUGGGUUUUUAAAGUAUGAAGAAAUGAAAUUGCCUGAUAAUGCAACUGUUUGGGGUGCUUUAAGCACCAAAGAAUGUGAGGACAAGUGUGCAAAAGAAUGCAAUUGUAUAGCAUAUACUAGCUUGAACCUGUAUGGCAAUGGGAGUAUUUGUGUUGUUUGGUUUGAUGAUCUCAUAGAUCUACGAAUGAUUCAUGGAGGUGGCAAUGAUCUUUACAUACGCAUGUCACACAUCGAGUUAGAUUCCAUUGUGCAUACGAAGAGGAAGAAAGUAAAAUUGGUUGCUGCUAUCGUUCUCUUGCCGACAAUUUCUUGUGUACUUCUAUUGGCAAUUAUCAUUCGAUUUGUUAGUAUGCUAAGGAGAUCAAAGACAAAAGCAUCAGGACGGGACCACAGUUCAUUGUCAGAAUUUGGAGGAUCUCAAGAGGAAAAUUCAUCUUGCCGUUUGUUUGAACUGGAAGAAAUUUCCGCUGCAACUAAUAAUUUCUCUACGUCUAAUGAGAUCGGCGAAGGAGGGUUUGGUAGAGUCUAUAAGGGGGAGUUAGCUCGAGGAGAGGAAGUAGCUGUGAAGAGACUAGCCGAGAGUUCUUGGCAAGGCAUCCGGGAAUUUAAGAAUGAAGUCACUUUGAUAGCAAAGCUUCAACAUCGGAAUCUUGUCAAGCUCUUGGGUUAUUGCAUCGAAGGAACUGAAAGAAUACUCAUAUAUGAAUACCUCCCAAACCAUAGCCUAGACCAAAUUAUUUUCGAUCAAGUCAAGAAAAGACUCCUGUUGUGGGACGAUCGUUUCAAGAUUAUCAAAGGAGUAGCAAAAGGGCUUUUGUAUCUCCAUGACGAUUCUAGGCUUAGAAUAAUACAUCGUGACCUAAAGGCAAGUAAUAUUCUGCUUGACAGAGAAAUGAACCCCAAAAUUUCUGACUUCGGGUUGGCAAGAAUUCUUGCAAGUGAGAAAGAGGAAACGACAAAUCGAGUAAUUGGAACACAUGGUUAUAUGUCUCCAGAAUACAUAAUGAAUGGGCAAUUUUCGACCAAAUCUGAUGUUUAUAGCUUUGGUGUUUUGGCUUUGGAGAUAAUAAGUGGAAAAAAGAAUUGGGGAUUUCAGCAUCCUGACCAUAAUCUAAACCUACUAGGUCAUGCUUGGAAGUUAUGGACGGAAGGACGGUGCCUAGAACUCAUGGACCCUGUAUUAGGUGAGUCAGUCAUUCAGGAUGAUGAGGUGGUAAAGUGCAUACAUAUUGGUUUGUUGUGUGUGCAAAAAAAGGCUGAGGAUCGGCCUACAAUGUCUGAGGUAGUCAACAUGCAACAAAAUGAAAAUUUUGUUUCUUUGCACCAACCAAAUGAACCUGGUUUUUAUGCCGGAAGGUCUUUGAUUGGAUUAGGGUUUUCUACAACAGAAAGGCUAGACCUUGAUAGUAUAAAUGAGGUAACAAUGACGACUUUAACUGGACGAUAG